AUGUCCGACCAUAACACAAAAGAUCUGCAAUUCAAAAUUGAGAUGAAACAAAUUCUGGAAAACAAUCAAAAGAUUAUUGAAGAAUUGGAUAAACGAAGUAAAGAGAGAUUGGAACAAUUUCAAGAAGAUAUGAAAAAGGUUGGUUUCUCCUUUGAUUAUUGUAAAAAAUCGAAAUUAAAAAUAUUGAAUUUUUAUAAAAUUAAAAAUAUUGAAUAAUAAAUAAAUAAAUAAAAACGCCAAAAAUUGAAAUCCACGUUUUCAGUUUAUAUCUCAACAAUUUGAGCAGUUGUGGCAAAAGACGAUGUCAAUCGACCAGAAUAAUAAUCGACCAAUGGCGAUCGAAGACAGCCCAUUUGGUGUGCUUCAACAAGCUAUCGAAAUCACGCAAGAAACCCGGCCAAUCAAACAAGAAGUCAGCGAUCAUUUGGAAAAGGCGAAUGCGAAGAAGCUGAAAACUCUGCGUCCUCGAUUUAUCAAGCCGAGAAGUGUUAGAAAAACUAAUUGUGGAGUUCCGAUGAUAGUUGAGCCAGAGUCAGAACCUGUGAAAAAACCAGCUGAAACGCCGGCAACAAAAACAAGAAAAAGAAAAAGGUGAGCUUUUUGGGGAAUCUUGGAUAAAUUCGAGUGAAUUUUCAAUAUGAGUUUCCAAGUGCCAAAGUUAGGGACUUUAGAACUAUCUUGGAUAUCAUGAAAAAUCUAUAUGUAGUCUUGUUGAAGAUUGUCGUUCUUAGAUUUUCAUGAAAGCCAAGCUAUCAAAUAUUCAAAACUUUUGAAAGUAGAGAUGUAAAAUUCAUGAUUCAUUUAUAUAAAACAUUUGUUAGACCGUUGUUGGAGUAUGGUACAAUUGUGAGCAACCCAUAUAAGAAAAACAUUCUCAAUCUUAUAGAAAGUAGCCAAAAUAAUUUCACGCGUAAAUUGUUUUUUCAGAAUUGAAGGUAAAUUUUUACUUCCAAAUCAUGAAAAAUAUAAAUAUGCUGAUAAAAGAAAUGAAGAAUUUGGAUUGGUAAGUUUAAAAAGUCGUAGAAUUGUCUUAGAUAAACUAUUCUUGAAAAAAGUCAACAAUAAAAAAAUUGACUUGAAUACAGAGGAUCUCUUCACCCUGAUUACCGAUAAUGUCACUCGAAGUAACACCAGAUAUCACUACAAAUUGCCUAAAUCAAACAUUAGAAAAAACUUUUUUGUUCAUCGAACAUGCUCUCUAUAAUAAUUUCUGUUCUAUUUCUUUCCAAUGACCACAUUUAUUUGAAAAAUCGCAGCAACAACCCCCGGGCGUCCUAUCACUAGGUCCGUAUUUUUACCACCGUCCACACCAAUCUUUUUUUUUCUUCCCUCAACUUAUUUUUUCCUACCACCUAUUUUUCUUUUUGAUUCUAUUAUGUGACUAUUUUCUUUAAUUAUUUCUUGUGUACUUAAUCACGUUAAUAGCGUAUAAUAAAUAAAUAAAAUAAAAAAGCUAGAUAGUUAUAUUCUUUAACUUUACCACGUUAGAAUGCACAUUCAAAGUUGAGCUAAGCGUUUUUCUCACAGCUGAAAUAUAGAAAAAAAUAAAUUCUGAAGUUUUACAGAUCACCGAAAUGCGUUUUCAAUGAAUAUGGGCAUGUUAUUGGUGUUGAAGAGGUGAGUUCUCCACAACUUUUUCAAGUUUUCUUUUGCGAAACUUUAUUAUUUUCAGGGAGAAGAGAGAUUCAACUGCAACACAUGUCCAAAAAUCGAAAAAGACCCGCGAAGCCUUGAUUCAACAUCAUCGUCACGUUCACGUCGGAGUAAGUUCUAGUUUUCCACUGCAAAAUUGCAUUCCCAUAACACCAGUUUUUUUUGCAGUAUUAUAA